GCCCCCGAGAGCCCGCCUCUUAAAGCGCGAGCCAAUCGAUGGUCAGAGUCUGGCCUCCCUGGGACUGACAUAAGAGGCGAGGUCAAGCCCGGGAGAGCGGGGCGUGUACUUCCGGGCCAAAGUUAAUUCAUUUCCGGGAGAAGCCGGCGCCGCCUGACUGAAAGCGUGAGUAAAGUGGUGCUGCUGUUUCCCGGCCCAGUGGCCUCGGUUCGCCUAAAGCAGAAAUGAAGAUCACGAGGCAGAAACACGCAAAGAAGCAUCUUGGCUUCUUUCGGAACAAUUUUGGUGUCCGAGAGCCGUACCAGAUUCUGCUGGACGGCACUUUCUGUCAGGCGGCGCUGCGGGGCCGCAUCCAGCUGCGGGAGCAGCUGCCCCGUUACCUGAUGGGGGAGACACAGCUUUGCACGACCAGAUGUGUGUUAAAGGAGUUGGAAACAUUGGGAAAGGACUUAUAUGGGGCAAAACUAAUUGCACAGAAAUGCCAAGUUCGAAACUGUCCCCAUUUCAAGAAUGCAGUGAGUGGAUCUGACUGUCUGCUUUCCAUGGUUGAAGAGGGAAACCCUCACCAUUAUUUUGUGGCAACACAGGACCAGAAUUUAUCUAUGAAGGUGAAGAAAAAGCCUGGAGUUCCUCUCAUGUUUAUUAUUCAGAACACUAUGGUCUUGGACAAACCAUCAUCCAAAACGACACACACGCAGGACUUGAAAGAUGUCACCGAUAGUGUGUCCUAUGAGAACGGCAGAAGCAGAAAAUCGGCAGCUGCCACUUCCAACGGAGUAGACAAUAAGAACAAAGGGCAACUCACUAAGCACCCCCUGGCACAGAGGGCAGUGGAAAGGAGGGGGCACGAAGCCAAGAUAAAGAUGGAGAUGGAGCAGGUGUUGGAGAUUAAGGCCAAAGGGGGAGUUCAGAACCUAGAGGACUCUGAGGCUGAGCUCCCGCAGCACCAUGGGCAAAAUGAGGAGCGUCUGGAAGCACAACACAAAGAAGGAGAGGGAAAAUGGCCUUGGUUUGAGGAAGAGAGGCUAAUUGGGAAGCUCAGCAAUGUAUCUUUAGAGCAACAGAACUCUUUGGGAACUUUGGCAAAGAACAGGGAGAAAGGAACAAUCUUUUCAACUCUGUUGACUAGCAGUUACCUGUAA